AUGCAAGUUGAUAGUGAAAAUUUCAUCGACAGUUCAAAUAAUCCUAAUUUAAUAGGAAAUAGAUAUUCUAUGAGGAGUAGAAGAAGGAAGAUUUAUGAUGAUGGAGAUUUCAAGGAGGUAGUCAAGAAUUUUUACGCCUUGAUCUCCGAGAUAAACAAAAUUGCGAAUAAGAAAAUCCAAAAGACAGCUCCUCUAAAAAAUAAAUAAUAAACUAAUGUUUAAAACAAAAAGCCACUGCAGAAAAAACCUCAAUCGCAAGAUUUAAAGAAAACAGAUCUCUACAAUUUUAAAAAAGAGCCGAUAUAUUCUUAAGUUGCUUUUUAAGCUCAGCCCUAUUUUAAUCCUCAGUAAUAUUAAUAGUUUUCCCAUAAUUACAUGAACCAAUUUUAUAAUACUACCCCAGCAUAAUUACAAAUAAUUUCUAGAAAUCAACUUAACAAUCCACAAUUAAAAAGAAACUCAUUUCACAUUGCAAUAUCAUAUUUCAUAUACAUCCAAUCCAGUGGCUAAGAACAGUAUGAAAGUAGAGAUCCCACUAUGAAUGCCAAAAGAAAAAUGAAAGAAACUAAUUCAGACGUUAUAAAGCAAUUAGAUAACUUUGUUAUGAAUGAAAGACAACCUCCAUUGUAAUAGAGAACCCACUAACAACAUAAUUAAGAGGAACAGAAGGAAGAUAACGCAGAAUAGAACAAUUUGAAUUGA